UAAGGUGAGCUCUACCCACAUAGAAAUACCGCUUCCGAUUAGAGCUACUCAGUACAUUCUAGCAGAUCGAACAACAUGGACGGACACAAUUGGCUUCACUUUAGCCACGGGGCUAUUCCCCAGGCAGCUGUUGUUGCUGGCCAUGAUUCCGACGGUGACACCAUCUUCAUCGGCCGUGCCUUCUACUGCAACGAUAUGUUGCCGGCCAAGAUCAUUCCCAACAAGGGCAAGGCCUACGUGGCCUACGCCAAUCAGGAGGUGGAGCUGGAGAACUACGAGGUGCUGAGCGGAUCCAACUACGAGUGGCUGCCGGCCGAGAACGGCGAGGUUCCUCCCGGAGCCGUCAAGGUGGGCAAGAACGUCGAUGGCGAGACCCUCUACGCCGGAAGGGGCUACCACGCCGGCAGUCUGACUGUCGGCAAGGUGCACCCAUCCCACGGCUGCCUCUACAUUCCGUACGACUCCGAGGAGGUGAAGAUCUUCGCCUACGAAGUUCUGUCCCGUCUGAGGGAGGCGCGAUAAGUGCUCAGCUUGUUACCUGUUAAUCACAAAUAAACUCGACACCUUUUUUUGUA